AUGGGCAUUUGGAUGUGGCGGCCGAAUCUAAUUGUUGAAAAGGAACCCGAUCUAGAAGAUCCAAAAUAUCGUUCCUGCUGUGGAAAUUGCUUGAUUAAGCCAUGCUUCAUUACACUACUGACACUGAAAACUCUCGUUUACGUGUGUGCUGCAUGGCCUCUGGGGUGUUUUGUGAUCCCUGCUUGGGUGGCAUUGUGCACGAAAAGGCCCUCAUACAUUCAAUUAUAUGGGUGUGUGCACUUUCUGAUAGCGAUCAUUUUCACAGCGACCAUAGCCGACUUUAUUGCUGACUACAGUUCCUAUGAUUUCCGUUACGUUGUGGAGAAGCAAUAUGGAUUGGAUAUCGCCCUCAUUUUGGGAAUUUUCGUUACUUUUUCUUGUCUCGAUCUCUCAGUCGCUUACAAAUACUACACAUAUUUGAGAGACCGCCAAAUUUGGAUCGAGCAGCAGGGCGGUGUCAUCCUUGUUGCGAAAUCCAAAGACGAAGCGACUGGAUGCGAGGAAAUCGACGGACAUCAUCGGUGCGAAGGUGGUCUCCGAUCCUCUCGAGUGGUGUGCUGCCUCCAUGGAAAGCUGUGUUGUCAAGGAAGAGAUGAGAAGCGUCAUCCAUCGCGCGUUACACCGAUUUCCCGUCGUUCCCGUGGCUCGCUUUCGACGGUUAACGUUUCGCUUCAACGACCACAAUCGCAGUGUGCUCUUCAAAUCGUUUCGCUUACUCCGAAGAAGCCCCUCGCAACAUACACGUAUUUUAUUCGGAAUGACGAUGAGAAACAAGAAUCACAGAAAGUGGCACAGGGAGCCUAUGUUGGUGUGUUGGAUGCGUUGAGUGCAGAGGGUUUCAUUUCUCGUCCCACCUCGUUCGUCCUCUACCACAAACAACAACAUAGCGACGAUGAGAUUCGAGAAGCCAUUAAAGCUAGCAACGAGAACUAUCUGAAGACUGGGAUGUACAAGCAAGAGGAUUUCGAUGCUUUUCUCACCUUGCACAUUGCUUAUCGAACUUUGGACGGAAGAGCUGUUCACUUCCCGAUCGUGGUCGAAGACAGAGAAGGUGCGAUUGCGCAGCAGCGAAUGUACUCGAUCGGAUGUGCCCCUGCGUCGCAUCAUUUUCUCACUAUUGCCGGACUCGUUCGCUUUUACACUUCUAGAACCUUCACCUGUGACAACAAAAUGGACUCCGAUGGCAUCAGCGGAGAGGUGUUCCCGAUUGAUUUAUUCGAUUCGUUCAUCUCCAACUUUGACAAGGAAUCCUUCAAGAAGACCAGCCACAAA